GACGAUCCACACAUUUCGCACACAAAUUAAGAUACAUCAAUAUUAGCGAUGCUAUGCACAAUAAGUCGAUCCUCACGCCGUAUUCGUAUAUAAAUACUCCUCCGUGCAUAUGUAUCCUCCCCUCCUCGCCGAGUAGAGCACAAAUGGAGUCCCCAUACAUCUCGAGCUACGAGCAGUGGAUCCGGAGCCAGGAAUCGGACUUGCGUGACCUCACGACGGCGGCAGCGGAGGCGACGAGCGAUGUGGAGCUGCAAGGACGCGUGGACCGAAGCUUGCGGCUGUACGAGGAGUACGCGGCGCGGCGCCGGGCUCUGGCGGCUGCCGACGGGCCGACGUUCUUCUGCCCGCCGUGGUGCUCGGCCUUCGAGAACGCCGUCCUCUGGAUGGGCGGCUGCCGGCCCACCCUCGCCAUCCGCCUCCUCUACUCCCUCUCCGGCCUCGACCUCGAAGCCCGCCUCGACGACUUCCUCCGCGGCCUCGUCCACGCGCCCCGCGGUGGGCUCAUGGCGCUCUCGGCGCGCCAGAUCAACCUCGUCAACGAGCUGCACUGCCGCACUCUGCGCGAGGAGGACCGGCUCUCGGCCAGGCUGGCCACGCUCCAUGAGGACGUCGCCGACGCGCCGCUGCUCCCGCUCGUGAUCAAGGACGUCCGNUCAAUAAAAAAUUAA